UGGGCAAGUUCGCCAGUGUAUUCUAUAGCCUUUAUUACCUAAUUGAGGUAAGCCGUUUACAUAAAGCAGGAAAAGGUAAAUAAAUGUGAAGUUUUUUUGGAUGGUAAUGUGAGACAACUUUUGAGCCCCUCAGAGGUCAGUGUGUCGUCACGCCUGAGCGCACUGCCCACAUGUGUGCUGAAUGAGCAGCUGACUGACCCGCUGCGUCCUCUGUCAGCGUGCAAAGACACACUUUAGAGGACACUGCUGUCGUUUUUGUGACUGACACCUUUUUUCUUACCGGAGAGGCAGUAAUUUCUAAAGGAUUUACGGAACAGCAACAGGGAGACCUGUUCCUCACGCCAGGGGGGGAGAUGGAGGCUCCAUCCACUCCGGGAGACAGUCCAGUGGAGCUGGAGUUCACGGUGGAGAAUGUGGAGUCGGUAAGUUAUUGACAACUAUCACCUUCUUGUGAAGUGAACCCUUUAAUACCAUGCAAAACUCUGCAGCUCAUUUGCCAACAUGUGUUUAUUGCAGCAAAAUUUCCAGAUGAAUAUUUAUUAUUUAUAUGAUAUAAUAAUGCAUGUAAUAUUGAAAUAAUAAGAGGCUGCUGCAAGACUGAAGAAAAUGCGGUUAGUUGAUGUAGUUGAAUAUAGGCAGAUUGCACUAACUGAACCUUUGUAACAUGAUAGCCCACCAGCUAUAAGCAUAUGCUGUCCUAAUAAUAACCAACACCAUGUGCUUUGGAUUAGUUACUAUGACAACACAUUUUUCUAACAAUAUUUAAGCAAUGCAGCAUGCAUGAUUAUGAAUACAUUUGAUGCACAUGCAGAAAGUUUCAGUUAUGUAAUAAAUUUACUCAAGUUACAUCAAAUAAAACUCACAUUGUUAUUCUUGUCCCACCUCCUUUGGUGAGUGGAAGAUCUGGGUUUUACAUUCAUUACGAGUUGUCACCAAGUCUUUUCAGUCAUCCAGCCUUUUUGAAUCAUUGAAUUGAAUUAGUUCUUCUCAUCUCUUCCAGGCUCUCUACCAGCUUUACUUUGACCCAGACAUGGAGCGUAAGAAUGUAGCCCAGAAGUGGUUAACCCAAGCCCAGACUUCUGCACAGGCAUGGCAGUACUGCUGGGCUCUGCUUGGUCCUGACAAGGUCUGUGGAUGUGUAUCUGCAUGGACAUCUUUACAGUUUCACCAGUUUCGACUACAGAAAAAAAUGAGACCAUCUUAUAGAACAGAAUAUUAAAUUGUUAUCAGCUGCAAACAUAACUUAUUUCAACUUGCUAAAAACUCUGACUGUAUAAUUAAAAUAAAGCAUGAAUAACUUUGGCCCCAGUAUUGAUCCCUGUGGGACACCACUUUUUACUCUUCUAUAAUGUAAUUUGGUUCUAUGAGUUUUCACAAAUUGUAACCCAGAAUUCUUGCUGUGUUGGAUCAAAAAGCAAAGUCAUAUUUUUUCAACAGCUUUGGUAUCUCUGUCUGUCCCUUUGCAGCUUCCAGAGGUGCAGUUUUUUGGUGCCAGCACCCUCCACACCAAAAUCUCCCGUCACUGGACAGACCUCCCCACAGAACAACAUGAGAGCCUGAGGAUGCAGCUCCUCGCCCACAUCUUGCACUUCUCCUCGGGCCCCAAAAUGGUGCUUACCAGACUGUGUGUAGCCCUGGCUGCAAUGGCUCUUAACUUAAUCCCACAGUCUUGGUCCCAGCCUGUGGCAGACAUGGUGAGGGCCUUCCAGCCACAGAAGCCUGACUGUGAGGGUGCAGAAUCCGCUCAGGAACCUCAUGCACACUGUCUGGCCCUGCUGGAGCUCCUCACUGUACUUCCUGAGGAGUUCCAGAGCAGCCGGCUGGCUCAGGCUCGCCGUACCCAGCUGAGGGAGGCUUUAGCUGGAGAGUGGGCGGUGGUUUGUCCUCUGCUGCGUCAACUGCUCCAAAGCCAGGACUCUUCGGUGCAGGUGAAAGAGAAGGUGCUGCGCUGCCUGUCCAGCUGGGUGGGGCUAGAUGUACCACUGGGAGAGAGUCAUGAACUGGUUCAGGACUGUUUUACCGCACUGUCUAAUCCUGAGCUGUUUGAUACGGCAGUGGAGACGAUAGUUAACGCCAUCUCACAGCCGGACUGCCAGAGGUGAGAAACAUACUAGAUCAAAGGUUAUUGAAAAGAUCUGAGACUCUGAGAGGGUGCUCUGAUCUUUUAAUAGUAGAGUUAAUAUGGUUGUGUGCAACACCCUCAAAAAAAGUAAAAAAUAGUCAUCAUAGGGUGAUAAAUUACUGUCAAAUAUUUUCUAAUGAACCUUAAAACCUUUAUAAGUAAACGAACAGGCAGGAAGGUAUCUAAAUCUCACUUCCUCUUGUUUAAUGUAUGAAAUUAAAGCUCCCAUAAGGAACUUUUAUUUUGUGUUAAUUUUGGCACCCCCCCAGUGGACCAGACAGUCUUUGCUUAACUUGUCCUUUACAUGCUUAAACAGUGUCUUCAUGCUGGUAGCUUUUGACAUUCAUGUUGAUCAUAAAUUGCAAAUAUUGAUGGGAAAUGGUAACAACAGGACUGUCUCUGGAGCUGCUUGAGUGACACAUAGCCCUCAGCAUUCUUUUCAGGCAUUAAAAACCAUGAUAUAAAAUAGUCAGUCUUCUUGUUGAUGGUCUUGUUUGCCUUUGGAUAUCAUGAAAAGGCAACAUGAAUAAACGCCAUUUCAAAAACCUUUUCACUUACCAACCCUUAAACACGUCUUGACCAUAUAGAAAAUCUGUUAGUAACAUCUUAGCAUCUUGUAUUGCUAACUAGUGAGCUCCACUAUCAUUUUGAGGUGGCUUAGCACGAUUAGUGAGCUACCUUAUUUUUGAAAAUUCUGGCCAUUAUACACCUGGGCAUGUUCAAUACUGCAUACUAUGAAUUCAUAACAAACUACAUACCCACCGUGACACCAUACUUAGUAUGAAAAAUAUGACAGGAUGUCAUCUGGACAGGGCAAUGCUCAGCGAGCCCUCUCUAAAUGUUACUCUAACCAACAUAAACAGUUAACUAAACACUCUCUACACUAUGAGUUCAGUCAUCUAUAGGUUUUUGAAUUUAAAGUAAUCCGUUUGAACAACAAUAAAAAUAUAAAAGGGGGAAAUAAUCACAAACAGAUGGAGUAUUUUCAUUGUUCAACAAUGUAAAUAUUACAAUAUCGUUAUCACUAUCAUACAUAGAUAGAAAGAAGCAAUUGAUUCAAGACUGUCAGGUUAAGACCUCUCUGCUGGGUGAAGAUCAACUCUUCUGUGUUUAAAACUAAAAUAGUUAAGUUUAUCUGAUAUAAUGAAAGCAAAGAUAUUCCUAGCAGUGGAAUUUUUCAAGAAUUUUUCUGAAUGGUUGUGUCGACUUUGAAAUUUAAUCACAGAGUUUAACAUAACACCAUAAAAUUCAUCAGAUUUUAACGCACAGCAUGACAAUGACUUAUUAAUCUUUUGAUGCCUUACAUCUUCAGAUACAUUGAUGCUCUGGUGAACCUGGUGCCUCUUGUGCUCGGUCUCCAUGACCAGCUGAAGACAGCAGCUCGUGAGGGGGACAUGGAGACCUCGCAUGGAAUCUGUCGUAUUGCUGUUGCCAUGGGAGAAACACACUCCAGGUACACUCGGACGCUUACACUCUGUCAUCGUGUGUUCAGUUGAUGUCUGUUUUCUCUUAAUGUGAAUUCAUGUGACAUUUGUGUGUGACAGGGUUUUGUUGGAGCAGGUGGAGCACUGGCAGGAGUACUUAGCUUUAGUUAACAUGAUUCUUUUCUGUACGGGCAUCCCUGGGCACUAUCCAGUCAGCGAGACCACCAGUUCCCUCACACUCACCUUCUGGUACACCCUGCAGGUAAAAUGAUGGAAGUAAAAAGGCUGUGUUCGCUUAUUGAUUUUCCUUAAUCGCUGUGUGUUUUUCUGGGCUCUGCAGGAUGAUAUCUUGUCAUUUGAGGAGGAGAAGCAGGCUGUUUACCUGCAGGUCUACAGGCCAGUUUACUUCCAGCUGGUGGAUGUGCUGCUACACAAAUCCCACUAUCCUUCCCAGGAGGAGUACACCUCCUGGUCCUCUGAUGAUAAGGAACAGUUCAGGAUUUACAGGUCAGGGCUCUAAAAUGCAACUUUGAAAGCAUUCGUCUUUUUCAAGUUCAUUUUUAGAGGAAAACAUGUCUGUGCCACUUUUAAGCAAUAUUGUUGGUAGUGUGACUAAAACUGUUGGCGAGAGAUGAAACCGUUCCUCUGGCUAUUUUCCAUGACAGAGUGGAUAUUUCCGACACUCUGAUGUACGUGUAUGAAAUGCUGGGUGCAGAGCUGCUGAGUAACCUCUAUGAUAGACUGGGCCGACAGCUGAUGGACCCCCAACAGUCAGCAGUAUGGCAGGUAAUACCAUCUGAACAGGUAUAAUGUAAUUGUGAAAUGGGUAUUUUAACACUGAUCAUUGUUGUUGUGUAAUUAUGAGUACAUAUAACAUUUUCAUCACACUUAACUAACACCAUCUACUACUCUCUUCCUCUGUUCUGACCCUUACAUCACUCUUUGUUGUUCUCUGUCUUUAGGACACCGAGGCUCUGCUGUUUGGUUUUCAGUCCAUUGCUGAAACCAUAGAUGUGAACUACUCAGAUGUAAUCCCCGGUCUCAUCGGCCUCAUCCCCAGAAUCAACAUCAGUAACGUUAUGCUGGCUGACACUGUCAUGUACACCAUAGGUACUGUUAAUACCUGCACACCUGUUACCUGUUGUGCAAAGCUGAGUUACAAGACUAUCAAUGUCAUGUAAAGGUUUCAAUUUGAAGCAGAUUCUUACAAAUGACAGUACCAACAAAUUAACCGUCAGCUACUGUCAUUACCCACUCAAAAUCCAGAGGGACAUCAGAUGCCUUUGUGGUGGAAAUACAGAUAUAAUUUUAUUUAUUUUACGGCAAAGUAAUUAGGACAUAGACAGGUUACAAUAUAUAAUAUACAAUGAAUAGAGAGAGGUCAAAACAUAUACAAAUUGUCAUAAAUAGAACAUAGACUAAUCAUCAACCAGCCCAACCAGGGAUAGAGAAGUUAUAAGUAUACACAACAGAAGAAGAAACAUGAACAUAACAGAUGAUGAUGUGUUUAAGACAUGAUUAGAUGUGAUUUCAAAGAUAUUUUAAAGGAUUUGAAGAAUGACAUUGAUUUUAGAGAUACAUCCAGAUCAUUCCGUAGUUACGGUCCUCUAAAAGUGAUAUUAGACUGAUGACAAGAAGUUCGACAGAAAGAUAACUAAAGAAUGCCAUUUUGUCUUGAUGAGUAUGGUUGAAGGCCAGAUGAACAGGUAAAAAAAAAUGUUUUGAUAACAAUGUUUUGUGUUCCCACUCUGAGCACAAUGUCACAGAAUAAUGUGAAUAUCCUGAAUAGAUCCACAACUCUUUAAUUUGACUCUAUGUGACACAAAACACUCCUUACUAAUGUCUCUUCAUUUUCUAGGCUCUCUUGCUGAGUGGCUGGCUGACCACCCAGUGAUGUUGGGAGGUAUUUUACCCAUGGUGCUCCAGGGCCUUGUGAAAGCAGAGCUUUCUGUGUCCAGUGUUUCCACUCUGAAGAGAAUCUGUAGGGAGUGCAGACAUGACCUUGGCCCCUACGCUCAGGACAUCCUCACCGUGUCACAGGUUAAACAGGCUUGUAAAAAAAAAAAAAAAAACAAGAAAAGACAAAGUUGAAAUUAAAUGUAUUUUUCUUUGUAUUAACACUUGUGCUCCUCUGCAGGAUGCGCUGGUGAAAGAAAUCCAUAAGGUGAGUGAGCAGCCUUCGACAUUCAUCACUUAUCUCCUUUUAUUGAAGAUAUGAGUGCAUCAGCCAUGUCUCUCAUGUAUGAUGUGUGCUGUCUGUGUUCCUGUCUUUGUUUGUCUGUGUGCGUGCAUGCGUGUGUGUGCAGAGCAGCCAGUGCAUGUGGUUGAUGCAGGCUCUGGGUUUCCUGCUGUCGGCUCUUCCUGUGGAGGAGAUCCUGGUCAAGCUUCAUGCUCUCAUCACGCCUCACGUCCAGCAGCUGGACUCUCUGUCUCAGCAGGAGGUAAAACAAACUCACCAAACUCCAACACAAACCCCAUCAUAUCAUAACAUAACAACUUAAGUUAAGGAGACAAGUACACUUUAUUACAUUUCACUACCCUCUAAGUAUUUCUUAAACUCAUUAUUCAUGUUUAAGUACAAAAUUGUGUUUCUAUUAAACUUCCCUCUACAAGUUUAGGGUUAUUAAGUAGGAGGAAAUGUACAGUGUCAGGGUCUUGUCUUACCCUGUUGGGAUUCUAUUUCAUUGACUGUUCAUAAUCUCAGAUUUUAUCCAGUAAAAUGUGUGUACUUUAAAACAGUUCAAGUAUAAGACUGAUUACCUAUUCUGUGGUUGCAUAAAAAAUUGUAAAGGGCAAAAAAACUACUUAUCUUACAAUAUGUUUACUUCAGGUCACAGCGAUUUAGUAACUGAACUUCAACUGAAGAGUAAACACAAGAGGAGUUUAAUGUAUUUUCCAUUGCUCUUGUAAGGACUAUGUUAUCUUGCAUUAACUGUGAUGCCUCUGUAUGACCUACAAAAGUAUUAAGACCAUCAAAGGACAAGACUGAGGAAUUGCAUUGUUGUAACUUUAAAUGCCUGAAACCCCUACAAAGAAGUAGAUGUCAGAUGAUAAUCCCAAUGUAGAAUAUUAGUUAGAAAAUUUCAGACCAGCAUGUUUAAAAAAAAAGGUUGUUAUUUAAACAUGCUGGUCUGAUACCUUCCCCAAUGCAGCAGUUUCAGAUACUUCAAAGACAGAAAAUUACUAAGUUUAAAUAAGUUUUCUGUCUUAUUCUGUGUGGCCUCAUUUGCUUUGGUAGGUCAUAAAGAGGCUACUGUUUUGAUUUUGAUCUGUUCUCUGAUAAGUUUGAAACUCUUCACAGAGGCUUUAAAGCAUUUUUUUUUCAGAGUUAUUUUCUCUUUUUACAGCCUAAUCCUGCCAACAAACAGUCUAUAAUCCACAUCCUGGGGAUGCUGUCCAGUCUCUUCACCACUCUUGACAUCAGACAAGCAGAUGGUUUAGAAGGAGCACCCAGCCUCAGUCCCUCACAGAGUGCGCAAAAUCCUGUAAGUUCAGCCCUAUAAUCUGUACAUCUAGGAGGGAUUCACGUCUCUAUUAUCAUAAACCAGACCAACAGCUGCUCUUUUUUUUGAAUGGUUUAGUCAAAAAAGAAAUAUGUGAAAAAUACAUAGUUUAAUACAUUUACAAACACAUAGUUGCAGCGUGUAAUGUUAGGACAAAAUUUCCUUGAUUUUUCCAGGUUGUUGUUGUGCUGCAGCAAGUGUUCACGUUGAUCCAGACCAUCCUCAGCAAAUGGCUCAAUGACUCAGAGGUGGUCGAGGUAGGAGGCUCUUUACUGCCUGCGUAAAUACAAACUGUACGUCCAUGAUGUUUGUGUGUUUGUGUGUAUUUAUAUGAGUGCAUUUACUGACUCACAGCUCUUCCGUUUCCUGCCUUCAGGCUGUGUGCGGGGUCUUUGAUAAGUCAGUCCGAACCCUCCUACAUGAUUUUGGUCCGAUGGUUGCUCAACUGAGUGAGAUGCUGGGGCAGAUCUACAGCACCUUCCCACAAGCCUCUGCUCUGGACCUGGCCCGGCAGGUACGCCCCUGCAGAUCAGAAAUAUGAAGCGUAAUAUCUACAAAUGUAAUGAAGGCUCUUUGAAGGCUUUUAGGAUCAAAUGUGACUCUUUUCUGUGCUUAGAUGGUUCACAUAUUUUCUGCAGAGGAACAGCACAUCUCUAACAUCAGAGGCCUGAUCGAGGUGUUGACUUCAGCCACAUUAACCAUAUUUCAACAAGGUAACAACAACCUGUGAGGAUAGUUCUCUUAUUGGUUUUACAUUUUACACUAGCAGGUUUCUCUCUUUAACUUACAUUUCUGUGUCACAGGCCCACGGGAUCAUCCUGACAUCGCAGAAUCAUUCAUGCAGCUUCACGCUCAGGUUUCUCACACAAUCUUUGCCAUUUUUGCACAUCUGCAUCAGACAGAAAACUUUCUUUCAACACUUCUGUUUCCUUUUCACUACCAUUAGAUUCUUAAAAGGAAGCCUGAUUUGUACCUGUCUGAACAGCUAGAUGUUAAAGCUUUGUUUUACUGUGGUAAGUAUUCACUCAUACUGAUGUAGCUCAUCACCACUCACUACAUGUUAUGAUUGAUGGUGAGAACAUACUUUUUUGCUAAAUUUUUGCAAACUACUAGGUCCAAAAGAUCCUAAAACUGUCCAAGGAGGGUUCAUUUUAAUAUGUGACCCCUCUCUAAAGACUGCAGGGUCGAUUAAGUCUUCCUUAUUUCUGCCUGAGGCGUCCUCCAUCUGUUGUUUGUUUUUCAGGGAUUCUUUCACUGAAGUUUCCAGAGACUCCCACAGUGAAAGCUGCCAGUCUCUUCUUUGUAAGUCACAGCAAAAGAGUGCAUCACUGAAUUACAGACAGUAGAUCUGAUCUCAUAUUGAUUCAUCAGCUGACAGAUUCUUGUUAUGUUGGCCCUGUUGCCUGACAGACAGAGCUGCUGCCUCGGUGCAAAGAUGUCCCCUCUCUAGGGGAGGUGCUGCAGAGGGAUGGAAAACUCCUCACAGAGACUAUACUCCAUGUAAGUACCUAAGAUGUGACUUAUGAUCAGACCUGGGCUUUUAUUUUAUCCAUGAGAUAGAGUAUGGUUUCAAAUCGUCAUGCUUUAUCUUUAAAACACCAGGCAGUCGGGGGUGGGUCUCCUCGCAGUCUGACGGAGCACUUCUCUGAGGUGCUGCUGAGUCUGAACAGACACUGUCCGGCUCUGCUCUCUCAAUGGCUCAAAGAAACUCUACAGAGUCCAGGAUUUCCCUCCAACCAGGUUUCCUCAGAGCAGAAACACACCUUCAGUCGGCAGCUUCUGAGGUAACUAUAUCUGUAAUGGUUUUUUACCAUUGUGUUGAUACCUGGAUUUAAGAUAGAAACACGAGGACCGUGUUAUACUACAAAUGCCUGCGGUAAAGGUUCAGUUAUCAAAAACCUCAUUUAGAUGAUGCAUUAUUUUCUUUUGUAUUUUGAUAUCAAUUUGAAUUCAGAGCGCUUGUUUGUUGUUUUUGUUCUUGGACAAAAUCAAUAAAAUCUAUAUUUAAAAAAAAACUAAUUUGAACAGAAACAAAAGGGCACUGCUCUCUUUAAGGUAAAUACUUGAAGAAAAAUUCAAAAGUCUUUGAUAUGACAAGUUUAUAAAUCUGGUAUCAUUUUGUGAGCAUGCUUUUAAAAUUAUUUCAUUUACAAUAAGAGAAACUGAUCAUUUAAUGCUACUGUAAGCAGUUUUUGUUAAUAAAACAGACUGAAACUAUUCCUCGCAUAUAAUGUAUAAAUAUAAGGCUAUCAGUGACAGGAUUGUCUCUGUACCUCUGUUGUAUAUACGUGGUAUACAUGUGUGAUGAAGGAGUACCAGGGUGAGAUGGUUUGUUACAAGACUUGUCCAAAAGCCACAAGAAAUUUAAAUUUGAGAAAUUUAAAAGCACACAGUCAGUGAAAUACUUAUCAAAAAGACACACUCUGCUCUGAACUUUGUUGUGUGGGACUUUUUGUACCGUUCCACGUUAGAACUGUGAAAUUUGAGGUCCCAAAACAUUUAGCUGUUUAUCAUAAUUUGUCAUUUUGAAUAGAGAAACGUGACUUGAUAGCAAGGCAACAGUGGAGGAAGCUCCCAGAGUGCUGGGGGCCAUAACUAAAACUGAGAGAUUUAGACAGUUUAUUACGCUAUAGCUGCUAUAAAGUCAUAUUUGAAACUCAAGUGAGGAACAACUAUGACAAUUUGGUGCCCCCUGGGGACAAGGCAGUACUUGCAUACCUUGUCCUUUACACCUUCCUCCUCUCAGUAGUUUCAGGGAUUAAAAAGUAUAAUAUAAAAGUUGUCAAUCUUGUCACUGGUGGUCUUGUUUGCUUCUGGAUACCAUAAAAAGUCCUCAAUAGGAAUUUCAGCCUAUUGUAUAAAUGUCAAAAACUUUUCACAGGAGCUUUAAAGACUUGAAUGUUGAACGUGACUGAAACAUAUUUUUCAAUCUUUCAGGGAGCAAACCAACAAGCGCCGCGUCAAGGAGAUCGUGAAAGAGUUUUCUCUGCUGUGUCGAGGCCUGCAGGGGUCUGGCUACUGAAAACACUGAAUGUAGAGUAAAAACAACACAAAAGUGGAACUGUUUUUAUCACAACAAAUGCUGAAGAGGACUUUUUACCUGGACAGGUGACACUGGAGUGUUUUAACCUUGUUACUGAACCAAUGCUGGUAAAACUGACUGAACUGAACAUGUUUGUAAUAAAAUAAUUUGUCAGGAAAAAUGAAAUAGAGAAGUAUAACAAGCUGAAAACAACAAUAAACACUUUGUUCUUUACAGCUGCUUAAGCAACUGUGUAUGAGUGUGUGUGUUCACUUAUUGUUUCUCUUCUGUAUUCUGCUUGAAGAUG